UCCAAAAAAACUUGUUAGUUGUGUUCUAAGUUUCGUCGUGAGAAGAUCGUUAAAUUUUUUCGAUCGUCAAACAUGGCGUUUUUUAGUGUUUUCCUUUGCAUUAUAAUCAUCUUGAUUACCACAUUAGCUUACUACGUCAGAAGCCUAUUGACAUUUUGGAAACGUCGCGGAAUUCCUCAUGAUCCGCCUACAUUCCCCCAAGGAAAUCUAGUCGGUCAUCCGACUGAAAAACACAUGAAAGAAAUAGUCGGCGCCCAUUAUCAUAAAUACAAGAGCCAAGGACCGUUUGCAGGUUUUUACUUCUUCCUCAAUCCGGCGAUAUUGAUGUAUGAUCUGGAUUUGAUUAGGGAUAUUUUUAUAAAGGAUUUCAAUAACUUUACCGGUCGUGGUAUAUUUCACAAUGAAAAAGACGAUCCUCUAACUGGAAACCUUUUGAACUUGGAAGGUGCCAAAUGGAAAGACAUGAGAAGUAAAAUGUCACCAACAUUUACCUCUGGCAAAAUGAAGUUUAUGUUUCCGACGGUUGUAUCAGUUGCUGAGCGACUAGUUGAAGCAGUUGGAGGAAUGGUUGAAAAAGAUCCCGAUUUUGAAGUUAAGGAUAUUGUGGCACGAUUUACCGUCGAUGUUAUUGGAAAUGUUGGAUUUGGUAUUGAAUGUAAUAGUUUGAAAGAUCCUCAUGCUGAAUUCCGUCAAAUGGGUGAUGCUAUUGGAAAUCUGAAAAGACAUAGUAUUUUCGUAAGCCUUUUCAUGUUCAGCUUUCCGGAUUUGGCAAGAAAGUUGCGUUUAAAGCAAACUCAUGACGAUGUUGAAGCCUUUUUUAUGCGUAUUGUUAGGGAAACUGUGGAUUAUCGGGAAAAGAAUUCGAUUAAACGAAAUGAUUUUAUGAAUUUGUUGCUUGAAAUCAAACAUUCUGGAGAGAGUAUGUCAAUUGAAGAAAUUGCAGCGCAAGUAUUUAUCUUCUUUUUGGCUGGAUCGGAAACUUCUUCGACAACAAUGGGACAUGCUUUGUAUGAAUUAGCAAAGAAUCCAGAAAUUCAAGAUAAGCUGAGGGAAGAAAUUGAGUCUCUUAUUGAGAAGCAUGAUGGUGUUCUAAGUUAUGACUGUCUGAUGGAAAUGACGUACAUGGAAAAAGUUUUCAAAGAAACCCUUCGUAAAUACCCAGUGAUCACGAAUUUGGUUCGCAGAUCUAUGAACGAGUAUCCAACAAAGAAUCCUAAAUUUGUUAUUCCCGCAAACACUAUGUGUUUGAUUCCAGUUGAUGCCAUUCAUCAUGAUCCCGAAAUUUAUCCUGAUCCGGAGAAAUUCGAUCCGGAACGUUUUAGUCCAGAAGAAAUUUCAAAACGUCAUUCAUGCAGUUGGUUGCCAUUUGGUGAAGGUCCACGGCAUUGUAUUGGAUUGAGAUUUGGAAAGAUGCAAACGUCCAUUGGAUUGGCUUUAUUAAUUAAGAAUUUUAAAUUCUCUCAUUGCGAUAAAACACCAAGUCAGUUGGAAUUUAAUCCGAAGAGUAUUAUUUUGGUAUCGAAGGGUGGUAUUCAUUUGCGUGCGGAACGUGUUUGAAGGAAGUGUGAAUUAUAAGUAUUAAUAUGAUUUGUCGUGUGAUACCAAGGUUGUUGAACUCGGACACGGAAGAAGUGAAAUAAAUCAAUGCAAUCCCAGUGACUUGAAAUGAAAAAUGCAAAAAGUACAAAAAAUAAAUGAUUUUAUAUAAAAU